AUGAGUAAUCAAGUAUUAAAAGAACGAUUAAACCAAACUAUUGAACUAAUAUCUACUAGAUUAGAAGAAUUGAUUAAAUUAGCUGCUAUUGGAACAUUAAAUCUGGAAGAGGAAGAAGAAAACAGUUAUGGUAGUAAUAAUAGCAGUAAUGCUGGCACUAAUUCCAAUAGUAAUUUGUUAGUUGAAAAUAAUUCGGAAAUUAAUAUCGCCACAACAUCGUUAUCGAUGGUCAAUACACAAACCAUGCAAUUAAUUAAGGGGAUUGAAGAUCUGCUAGUCCUUUCAAGGAAUAUCAAAGAAAAAUGGUUAUUAACACAAAUACCGAAAGAUGAAGAAGAAAAUGAACUAGAUUAUGAGAUGGUAGAGCAACUAUUAGAUGGUUGCAUGAAUGAAUUAAUUGGAGAAUAA